ACAAAACGUUGCACAAACCCACCAUAAAAGGAUUGAAGGCCAAAAGCCAUCCCGGUGGACGCGCGGGCAUUGCUGUCGUCGCCGGAGAAUGAAGCUAUGGCAAAAGGCUGUCGGCGCAAUCAAAGACAGAAAUAGCAUUUGGCUUGCCACCCUUUCACGCCGCACGCCAUAUCGCCACCCCGACCUUGAGGCUGCCAUCAUCCGCGCAACCAGCCACGACGGCGCUAAAAUCGAUUACAACAACGCCCGCCGCGUCUUCGAAUGGAUCCGUACAUCUCCGAUCUACAUCAAGCCUCUUGCGUGGGGCCUCUCCGCCCGCAUGGAAAAGACUCGAAGUUGGGUGGUGGCUCUGAAGGGUUUGAUGCUCAUCCAUGGAGUGUUUUGUUGCCAAAUUCCAUCCGUCCAGCUGAUCCGACGGCUGCCGUUCGAUCUGUCCGGGUUCAAAGAUUGUCAUUCCAGCCCUUCCAAGACUUGGGGCUAUGAUGCGUUUGUGAGAAGCUACUAUGCGUAUUUGGAUCAAAAAUCAGCGUUCAUAUCUUCGGAGGCUAAGAAAUUGAAGAAAGGGUUGAAGCCACCAUUGUUGGAGGAGUUGAUUAAGCUUCAAAAUUGGCAAUCUAUGUUGGAUACCUUGCUUCAAGUUCGACCAUUGGAUGACAACAUGAAGGUUGGUUUAGUUUUGGAGGCGAUGAACAAUCUCGUUGUCGAAGUUUUCGACGUGUACAGCCGAAUCUGCAACGGAAUUGCUCAGAUUUUGUUGAAAAUAUACGUCUCACCAACGAAAGCCGAAGCAUCGAUGGCGCUUCGUGUUGUUCAAAAAGCAGCAAAUCAAGUAGAAGAUUUGUGUCAAUAUUUUGAGGUAUGUAAAGAAAUGGGCGUUUUGAAGGCAAGUGAGUGCCCAAAAUUGGAGAAGAUCCCAGAAGAAGAUAUCAAAGAACUUGAGCUGAUCAUCAAUGGAAGUGUUAACAAUGAUGAGAAAACAAAACAUUGUGAAGUUCUUGAAGAAGAAAAAAUGGGGAAUGAUAAUAUGAUGAGAGAGGGAGACGACGACGAUGAUAAUAAUACGAAUAAUAAUAACAACAACAAUGGAGAAGAAAUGAAUGGAAUUAGAAGGAAUGGAUCAAAUAAAAGGGUUUUGAAGACAGUGAUUACAGAUAAAUGGGAGAUAUUUGAUGGAGAUUGUUCAUCAAGAACAGCAUUGGCAGGGCCUCUUCCAAGCUGUUCUUCAUCCCAUUUGAGUAUCAUUUCUAUACCAAAUUAUAAAUCAGAGCUACCAGAUUUGAUCACUUUCUAGGCCUCUUGAUAUCAGGUAUUUAAUUAUGUAUAUUCACGGUCAGUCAUCAUCAGAUAACUUCAUCUUCUUCUUCUUCUUAUUAUUUUAGUUACUAAAAAAGGAAGGAACUAAGUUAUUUGUAA